AUGCUACCAACAGACUUUUGCCAACUGCUGCUAAUCUAUGUUGCGAAGGCAACACAAACCGCAGAGGAAACCGUCAAGAUGAUCAGGUCUUCCCAGCUGGGACAGGAAGUCAAUGCCAGACUGACCCAGAGUGCCGAUAUGGCCAGCGAAUAUGCCGUCACCCUCAAGAAACAGAUGGAUCCUCUGACUGAAGAGCUGAUGACCAAAAUCACCAAGGAGACUGAAGUGUUGAGAGAGCGUCUGGGCCAGGACCUGAUCAGUGUGAGAGACAAACUGGAGCCCUAUGCUGACAACCUCAAGAGCCAGAUCCAGGAGAGAGUGGAGCAGCUCAGGACGGCCAUGGGUCCAUAUGCUGACUCCCUGGAUUCUGAGACCCUGAAGGCCACUCUGCUCCAGAAGAGCGAGGAGCUGAGAGGAAACCUGGAGCAGAGCGUGAAGGAGCUGCAGGCUCAGCUGGAGCCCUACACUGCUGAGAUCAAGGAGAAAGUGGACCAGCGUCUGCAGGAGUUCCAGAAGACCGUGACCCCUCUGGCUGAGGAUCUUCAGGCCCAGAUCAGAGAGAGAGCCCAGAUGGUCCAGCAGAGUCUCACACCCUACGCUGAAGACCUGAAGGAAAAGCUGGACCCCUACGCACAGGACCUGCAGGCCCAGCUCACCUCCCUGUACGAGUCCUUCGCCAAGAGAAUUUAGAUGCUUCAAAGACUUCUUUUGUCACUA